GAAAUAACGCACUGAUGAAAGCGGCACGGUGUUGUUGGUAUGGUUGGAAAUGAUGAAAACGGUGCCACUCGGUUGUAGAUGUAAGAGCGUCUUUAUUUCUUGUGUGUUGGAGGAACCUGCCAGUUCUCCUUUUGGGGCAUGUUUACGCGAGGAGGUGAGGUGCUGGAGCUCGGGCCCGAGCGAACUCGUUAGUCCCAGAGCGGAUGCCGUAACUUUGUGCCUGUUAGUGUGGCGGCGGCAGCAGCUUUUGUAAGCCCGGUUACCAUGGAAAAUGAGCCGCCGCAAAUCACCACCGCUGCCAGCAACCUCACCGGCGUGCCGAAUUUCCGCUGCACUAUGUUUAAUUCGGACUCGGAGGAUUACAAAUGCGUCGUCAUCAUUGCAGUAAAGCGGGCCUCUGCUGCUUUCUCUCUCAUUGGAUGCUUCUUUAUGCUUCUUGUGAUAUGGUUAUUUCGGAAGUACAACUCUUUGGCUCAGAAAAUGAUCCUGAGCCUGACUUUGGCUGCAUUAUUUGACAGUAUUGCCUAUCUAAUGGGAGAAGUUAUCCCGGAUGGUGCCCUGUGCAACUUCCAAGCCUGGUGGCUUACAUACUUUGACUGGUGUUCCCUGGCGUGGGUUUGUUGCAUUACGGUCAACCUAUAUUUCAACUUGGUGAAAGAAACCAGAACAGAUCAUCUCGCAGUGGUGUAUUAUGUUGCCGCCUGGGGUGUGCCAUUCUUUCUAUCCUGUCUUCCGCUGUUUGGAGAUUACUAUGGCCCUGCUGGAGCAUGGUGCUGGAUUACAGAUGAACAUGUUGUCUGGAGAUUUGGCAUAUGGUACAUCCCAUUGUUUGUCCUCAUCUUUUCGAUGAUGUCCUGCUACAUUCACAUAUUUUAUGUGGCCAAACAGAGGGUUUUAACUUGGUCUGGCCCAUAUGAUCCUGAAAGAGAAAGAAGCAAGAUUUUAUUAGCUCUGGAAAUCAAGCCACUUAAGUGGUACCCAUCUGUAUACCUGGCAGUGUCCCUUUUCCCUCUCAUUAACAGGUUGCACAAUGCAUUUGAUCCUAACCAUCCUGUUUUUGUCCUGACGCUCCUGCACGUUAUUACUGCUCCACUUCAUGGACUGGCCAAUGCAAUUGUGUUUGGAUUUGACCGAGAGACAUGGAGCCAGCUGAAUUUAACAUCCCUGCAGCUUGCUUUCCAGUCCAGAUUUUCUGAUACAACAUUGAUUAUGGAGUACCAGCCUGGGCCAGUGCGCUACACGGCCCAUUUGGAAAGUGAUUCCUCAGACUCAUGUGACGAUGGCACAGGAGCAAUUUAUUCAUCCACCAUGACGUCUAGGGACAGGAGGCCCUGACAACAGAAACACCCUUCAACUGAAUAUGUGCACUGUUGGACUCCUAGACAAAGGAAGAACCCCUCUGUGACACUAGAGAUGAGCUGUCAACCUUCAUUAUUAAUUCUAGGCUCUUAAUAUUUAAUGUCAUAAAACUGGAACAGAAGCUUCAGAUUUACAGUGGAGGCAUCGUGCUAAACACAAACACAUCAGUUAAAGAGAUUGUUCCUUUCAGCUGCCUCUGGUAGCUGUGCUUCAAACUAAAAAAAAAGAUAAACCAAUACAAAAAUGAAGAAAAUAAUUUGGAGUAAAUUGAUGUAAUAACCUAAAUGAAAGUAUUUACAUAUUUUUUCUGAGGAUGUUGUGUUCAAUUUGUUUUUUGUUUACAUAAAUUAAAUAUGAACCUUUUUUCAUACCGCACAUCCUCAAUUUAGCAGGUUAAGCAAUUUGGUUCAGAUUGUGGAGCAAAUUAUGAUGUGAAACUAUAGUGUUCGUCCUUAUAUAGCACUCUCUGUGGGGAAAAUAGGCUAUUUGUUGGGGUAGAAGAGGAAAGCUGAAGAAAGUUGAAAAUACACAUUUGCAGAACCAUUAACAGAAAACAGUGACAAGAUGGUGGAAAGCCAGAACUACUUGUCCACUUUUCAAAAAUGUUUAUAAUUUUAUUUUAACCUCUGUUACUUAAAGUGCCAGAAUACUGAAGAGAACUCUUUUCAGAGACUAAGAAAACAUUGCAAAUGUCUAAAUGUUCAGGUCCACAAAACUAUAACUGAUUUGCUCAUUUUAAUGUCGUAAUGUUGGUAUGUUUCUAUUCGUGAUGAGCUUUUAUUUUAUUCUUAUGAAGUUAUUGAACACAUUAUUUUUAAACUGAAGAUUUCCUUUCAAAAGAGUUACAGAAUUUUCAUGGACUGAAAAGGUCAAAUCUGCAUUAGAACCAUUUUUCUUUUGACUUUGCUAGUUUUAUUUGUAGAUUUAUAGAAAAUAUAGAUAAUAUUUAACAAGGUGGUGCAGCACUGUGGCAGUAGUAAAGUAUGAGGUGAAUUAGCCUGCACCAUAAAGUCCUGUACUGCACUACCAGGCACUCAGCUCAGAGUAAUGUUUUGAAAGCUUGGCUGCAGAUAACCUCUUUGCUUUCUUGGUCCCAGUUGCAUUAUUUAAAGAAAAACUAGAGGAAAUUUAACCUUUUUUUUAAAAAAGCAAUCAAUCCCUUUAUGCGGAGAAAUUUUGGACACUGGUAAUACAAAAAUAAAAUAUUGCUGAUGCUGGAAAUCUGAAAUAAAAACAGAAAAUCCUAUUAAUACUCAGCUGCUGAGACUGCACCAGUAGGAUACUAGUAACCUUGCUUUGUGAUGAGCUAGCACCACUCAAGAAGCAUUAAGUAGGAAUUCAUCUCAACUUAUUUUCAUUCCUUCCCUGUACUUCCAAUGAACCUGUAAUCUAGCCCCUAAAUGUUCACCAAUCAAGCCUGUUCUUGCUGACCUGUGUUAGCUCCAAGUUAAGCAAUGCCUUAAUUUUAAAUUUCUCAUCCAUUUGCAUAUCCCUCCCUAGCUCUGAAUUCUUCUCAGCAUUUAAAACUUAUACCCCUUCAGUGUGGCCUCUAGAUCAUCCCCAAGUUUAAUUGGACCAAGGGGGACACAAAAGACUGUAGACACUGGAAUCUGGAGUAAAGAACAAACUGCUGGAGGAAUUCUUGUCCUGAAAUGUUGACCAACUCUUUGCCUGCACAGGUGCUGCUUGACCCAUUGAGUUCCUCCAGCAGUUUGUUUUUUUUUUACUUUAAUUGAACCAACAUUGGCCUUGUGCAAGGCCCUAAGCUCUAAAAUUCCUUUCCUAACUUCCUCUGCCAUUCUAUCUCUCUUUCCUUAUUUAUGAUGCUCCUUAAAACCUACCUCUUUGACCAAUUGUUGGUCAUUUUCCUAAUAUUUCCUUUAUGACUUGGUGUAAUGCUCAUGUGAAGUUGCUUGAGAUAUUUUACUGUUAGAAGUGUUUAUAAGUUGUCCUUGUAAUAUCUCAUAUCCAAUCAGUUUCAUGAAAGCUGUCUAAAUCUUUGCUUUAUAAAAUACUUUAUUGAUACAGCACAGUAACAGGCCCUUCCAGCCCAACAAGCCCGCGCCACCUAAUUACACCCAUGUUAACCUACUAACCUGUCUGUCCUUAAAUGAAAAUAAGAGAGUUCAUUAGAACAAUAGAUUUCGUCUUUCAAGUAAACUGGGUGUUCAGUUCUUUAUUCUUUCUUUAUAAACUUAAACAUUUGGACCAUCCUUUAAAGCAUAGGGACUGAAAUUCAACUUUGGUGGGAUGCAAAGUGGGUAGUAUCAAAUCAGGUUCCCAUUAUGCAUCCUGCCCAUUUUUCUUCAUGAUUGACAUCAGUGGAAAGCAAAAUUGGGUGCAAGUCCUCCCCAGGUUAUGAACACCCGUACAUAUGAAUGAGCGUUUGGGAGACUGACAGGAUGGAUUUGCCAGCUGUUGUGGGGUGCAGGCAUCUUCUGCCACCUGGGAACUAUGUUUGUGGCUGCAUUUCUGACUUAUGAACUGCCUGGGUUACAAACAGUUCACAGGAGUGAAACCCUGCCGUAACCCGGGGAAGACCUGUAAUAUAAAGGGUGGACAUUUCAGUAAUUUAAACCCCUACCAAGGUUGAAUUUCAUCCCAUAGCAGAACUGAACAUAAUAAUGACUGUUUUACUAUUUUAUUUGUGGUGACAGAAUGUAUACUUCUAACACAGUGUUCUUGAUGUUAAAGGAACUUCUCACAAUUUCACUAUCUUCCAAAGCAGUGGGAGAAUCCGCUGCUCCUGAAGUAGAUUCACAGAACCUCUUAUAUCCACAAGAGAGCAAUUCAACAUCUAAUUUAAAAGAAUGUCUGAGAUAGUAUGGCACUUCCACAGUUGUGUACUAAAAUGUCCACCUAGGUCUCUGAAGUGAGGUUUAAACUCAGAACCAUCUCACUGAAUGAUCAGGUAGUUAUCUUUGAGCCACAACUUACAUUGAAAUGGAAUUUCUUAGUACUCUGGCACAGCGUCAGAAAGAAGGAAUGCUGUCAGUUCUAACCCUGCUCAUUCAGGACAGACAGCCUGUUUGGCAGUCAUAGAAUUGUAUUGAUAGAAUCUUUAGAUUUUCUCAGUUCAUAGUAUUGCACUUCAUAAGAUGGUGAAAACUAUAAGAUGGUGAAGAUUGUUGAAAUUUGUAAAGAGUAAUGCAGUAUAGAAAAAUAUAUUUCAAAGGGCAUAAUAAAAGAGCUAUCGACAUUCCACAUAAUUACCCGUUUCAUAUGAGAAAUGACUGUUGAAAGAUAUUGUAAAAUUUAGUCAAUGGCAUGCUGAUUUGAAAAACGCUGUUGUGUAAUCAUGUUGUUUUCUAAUAACUUUCUUUUGCAUGUUCAAAGCCUGCUCAAAAGAAGUGGGUAUACCAUUUUAAUCUUCCCAUAUUUAUUAAAUGUAGGUAAAAUGGACUAAGCAAAUUGUGUCACUUUCUGAAUUUUUUUCCCCAUUAUGGAAAGGGAUGGUCCAAUGGCAGGAGGGGAGGAGUUUUUGACAAGAAACUAUCUGGGUUUCCACACGUGCUGUGGAACUUUAACUCCAUUGUGUCUGAAUUCGUUCUUAAUGGAAUCCCAGACAUCUGCCUGAUUUGUAAGCUUGGCUUCCAUUCAAUGAUGCGUCGAGGAGCAUGCACCUGCUAGAGUUAGCCUGAGAGGGAAUUGGGGUUUCCAUCCCUUCUCUCUGGAAAGGUUCUGGUCCCUGUUUGGGAAUGGUUUGUCUGGAGGUAUUCUGAUCCAAAGGAAUCAGUCCGUUAAGCCUGGAGAGCCAAGUAAUGUAUUUGUGCAUCUCUGAGCCCAGUAACUCUGCAGCAAAACCACAUUUCUUCUCUCACAUCCGUCCUCGCCUACCUCAUUUCCGAAGGCCUGGGAAACCAGAGCAAUUGGGAUUAAUUAUGUUGUUAGAACAAGAGCUUUAAUCAGAGGGUCCAAGCUUCAUUAGUCUCAGUCCUUUAAGUAUUGUUGCACUUAGUUGCUUGUAAACUUUCAUCCAUGUCUUUCUGUCCUAUAGAAGACUUAAGUUCUUCCAAAACUUCUGUCUCUAUGCUAUGCCAUAUACAGUCCUAAUUGCCCAUUUCCUCUGCUCUUGUUGAACAGUUUGAGCUCUCAGUGUCUCAAAUUUGUAUACUUUUGUCCGCAGUUUGCCUCAACCUUCCCACUUACUUCAUGUAACUUUCACCAGCAGUACAAUUCUUCCUCUGCCCCCCCAUUCCCCCCACCCCCAGUUUUACUCUUCUCCUCCUCAAACCUUAUGGUCACGCUGCACCCUUUGCAGCACCAUUGGUAGCCAAGCUUUCGGCCUGCAAGAUUCCAUGCUCUGAAAUUUCUUCCCUCAAUCUCUCUGCAUCUUCCAGUUCUUCUAAGAAUUUCCAUGAAACUCUGUAACCAGCUUCAGAUCACUUCUACUAUUGCUCUUCUGACUUUGUUUCCCCAGUGGUACCUGUGUGAAGUACUUAGGAACAUUUUUCUGUGUUAGAAGUGCUACUUAACAUAGGAUUUUGUAAUAAUUAACUUUUAAACUGUUACUUCCAAAUGCAAAAGCAGUCAUUCUAUAAAUGAGACUGUGAGUCAAACACACCACCAUGCAAUGCAAUAUUGAAUAAAUUCUUAUUGAUCAAUAUACUGUUUUCACUUGAA